UUAGACGAGUGGAGUUGGCCAUCUAUCUAUCUCACUCCUAUCUAUGUCAAAUCGCAGUUUGUUUGACAACUAGCGGAAGGAUCAAGGCUACUCCUUUUUCCAUGACUUCCACAACUAAUUAAUUAAUAACGCACUUAAUUAGUGUUGAACAUGCGUUAUCUAUCGCUUAUCAGUUAAUAGUACCUUAACAACAUGUAAUUUAUCCAGUGCAGUGCUAAGUCCUAAAUAUCUAAACAAUGUCCGGUGGGGAGAAGAAAAAGAGGGCUACCCGAUCUCAGGGCUGGGAGGAAGCAGGCUCGGAAUUUUACCAGGAGAGCUAUCCGGGAGACGGUGACAUGGAAGUGCUCUGGAAAGACCCCAAACGAUUAGCCACCUUAUUACCUAGUAAACAAACUAGAGCAGUUGGCGCAACUAUUCGUCUAAGGACUCAAGAUAACAGAACCAACAAAAGUACUGUUCGUCGUCACACGGUAAAUAGAUCACGAAGAGAUUCAACUGUACAUCGCAGAACUUCCACUGUGGGCAUUGAUGUGGGCGAUGACUCUAUGCUACCUGAUCUUUCUCAAAUGCGGUCGAAUGAAGAGACUGCUUGGGAGGAAAUAAUGAAAUUAAAAGAAUUGCCCAUUCCAAUGGCAAAGAAAAAGGAGGAAAAGGCGAAAAUCAUGAGUGAAGAGCAUCUACUUCUACAAGGUUAUGAGCAAUUCAAAUGGAAACGCAAAAAAGCGUGGCACCAAUUCACCACCCGAAUAAGCGAGUCAUAUCAGAAAAUGGAACUAUGGAGGCGAGACCUCAAACAUAUUGAGGGCCACUUUGGAACUGGAGUCGUUGCCUUCUUUCGAUUCGUAAAGUGGUUGUUUUUUCUAAAUUUAUUCACUUUAGUGUUGGUCUUCUUAUUUGUUGUAUUGCCGACAAUUCUUUUGGAUGACCGUGAGAUCAAUUGCGAUGAGGAGAAUACGUGUUAUGAAAAAUACUACUGCAGAAUAAAUGAGUCAAAUCUAGCGUUAAGUAUCGUUCAGGGCACCGGGCGACUGGAGAGUAGUCUCCUGUUCUACGGAUUCUAUCCGAACGAAAUUCAAAGUUACACUAUUUUAAACAAGAAAAUGUAUUUUAACUUACCUCUAGCUUAUAUAUUGACCACCAUAGUAUAUUUUCUAGUAGCAUUAGUUGCUAUAGUUAAGACAGGGUCCAAGGGGUUUAGGGAACGGCUAAUUCAAGGUGAAGGCCAGUUUUAUCAGUAUUCAAAUUUAGUUUUCGGAGGCUGGGACUUUUGUAUACACAACGAGAAAAGUGCCAAUAUAAAGCACAAGGCAAUUUUUAGUGAACUGAAAGCGCUUUUAGAGGUGGAGCGAUUGAAGGAAGAGCGGCAGGGUAGAACGAGGCAGGAGAGAUGGAGAAUUAUAUUUUUGCGAUUUAUAGUCAAUUCAAUAGUGCUGGCAAUAUUAACGUUGAGUGGCGGAGCGAUUUAUCUGGUGUUCAAUUAUUCCAACCAGAUGCUCAACAAGGACAACACUGCCAAAAUACUCCAAUUUGUGUACGAGUUUUUACCGUCAAUGUGCAUAGUAGCGUUAAAUAUCACCGUGCCGGUUAUAUUUCAAUUCCUCAUUUCAUAUGAGCACUACAGUCCCUUAGUGCAGAUUAGAAUGGCUCUAAUUCGCACAGUGUUUCUAAGACUGGCAUCACUUUUAGUGUUUUAUGCCUCAAUGUAUGCAAAAAUUCGAUGCACUAGCCAAUUCGAUCCGGAUGAUUGUGCUGGUUGCACUGGCAGAACCAACUGUUGGGAAACUUUCGUUGGGCAGCAAAUAUACAAAUUACUUCUCACCGAUUUUGCCAUUCAAAUAAGUAUUACUUUUGUCGUCAACUUCUUAAGGGCUUUUCUGGCUCGACAUAUUCGCAAUAAGUUUAUUGCAUUCAUCGGAGAACAAACUUUCGACUUACCCAAGCAUGUGCUUGAUGUGGUUUACACUCAAACCUUGUGUUGGGUAGGGAUUUUUUUCGCCCCUCUCAUGAGCGUAAUGGCUUCAUUAAUCUUCUUUGUGUUGUUCUACGUUAAAAAAUUCGCUUGUUUAGUUAAUUGCAAACCGAGUGGUACAGUCUAUAGAGCCUCUCGGUCUACGUCAAUGUUCAUGGUAGUGAUGCUGGUGUCUUAUCCUGUAGCUUUAGCCCCGGUGGCGCUCACCAUGUCUGAAAUUCCCCCUAGUGUGUCUUGCGGCCCAUUCAAGUCGCUCACAACUAUUUGGACAUUAGUAGAAAACACUUUUCUAGAUACACCCUCAGCUGUUCAAAGUAUGGUCGGGUUUUUGACUACACCUGCUUUCGCUAUUCCAGUGUUUAUCCUCCUGAUAUUGCUCUUGUAUUACUAUACAGCUGUGAAUUCCGCCAAUAGGCACAUGGUAACGGUGCUCAAGAACCAACUGGUUUUAGAGGGGCAUGAUAAAAAGUUCUUGAUCGAUCGGCUUUUGCUGUUCAUCAAGCAAGAUCAUGAUAAGAGGUCAAGGCUGGCAAACCAUAUGGUAGAUGGGGAUACUAUUACAAAUACUAGUAGUCUCCAAUCUUAGGGUAUGAUCUAAGAAUCAUUGGUGUACAUAAUUUACAAGUCUGUACGAUUGUGACCAAAUCCUGCUUAAGUUUUGUCAUCCAUGUAAAUGUGAUAUAUCAUUAAUAGUAUAAUAUAUAACAGAUUUUAUAUAGAAUUUGCCAUUGCUUUAGUGUACACCAGAUACCAAUUUGUGUUAACGCGAUCUCAUUGUUCCAAUUUUUACACCAUAAAGUGUAUUAGUUUUAAGUACAAAUUCAUCAUACGUUCAGUUUUUAUUAAUCCAUCCAUAACUAGAGUAGAUCAAAAUUCAUUUACAACUUAAGACUUUUAUAUCGUCGAUUUUGGAUUAUUUACUUUUAUUAUAUCGACUGUAAAUAUUCAAGUUAUAAAUCAUUAGCUUGAUUAAAGACUAGCACAUACCAAAACAUAAGCUCAAAUUAUACAUAUUAUAUUGCUCCAGCUUAUCGUCCAAAGACAUUAAUUAUCUAUCAUUAAAUGUUAACAGACCUUCAUAUUUAUCACUACUUAUACCUUCGACUAGUCAUUUUUCGCUUUUCUAGCAAUUCUUAUAACGGCGACUGAAAUUAUUUUCAAUUUUCAUCUUAAAUCGUGUUAAUUUCUCUGGACUUUCACUUCCAAUAUUUUGUGGCAAAAAUACUAUCUGAAUGCAUACAGAAAGUUCCUUUAAUCAAUAAAAAAGCGGGUCAGCUUCUCCUGGUCUCAUAUAAUAGCAUAUUUUAUUUAAGCAUUGGAAAUAUUACAAUUGAUUUGUAUUAAAUUGCUAUUUUUAACAAUA